AGAGGCUUUGCAUCUAGCAAUGGGGGUUCGCGGACUUACAAGUUAUAUCAACUCAAUCGGAACGCUUUGGACACAGAUCGAUCUUAAAAAUACAAAACUUAUCAUCGAUGGAUCUUGUCUGUGCCAUUAUCUCUACUAUAGCAAUGGCUUAGACUGCCGAUGUGGUGGUCAGUACCAAGAAUAUUAUGAUGCUGUAGUUUCGUUUUUCGAUGCUCUGGUUUCGAACGGCGUGGAGGCCUAUGUUGUAUUCGAUGGAGCACAUGAUCCCAGCGACAAGAAAUUAGAGACACGUAUAGCACGAACCAACGAGAGGGUUAGAAAAUCAAAUGCUCUGUCGAUGUCCGCUGAUGAUUUUUUACUUCCGCUUUUGGCGAUGAACGUGUUCGUGGACGCACUCAGGAAUCGCGGCGUAAAAUUCGUUUUCAGUGACUGCGAAGCCGACACAGAAAUUGCCUCGUUGGCUUAUGGGUGGAGUUGUCCAGUUCUUAGCAAUGACAGUGACUUCUUUAUCUUUGACAUCAAAGCUGGGUACAUUCCUUUUGAAUUCUUGGAAUGGAAUUCCAGUUCUUUGACAGCGAGUGUUUUCUAUCGGCAAAAACUGGCGUCGCACCACCGAAUUCGUGCAGAAUUAAUUCCCUUAUGGGCUUCGUUGGCAGGAAAUGACUACGUGAGUCGUGAUUUAUCAUCUACGUUUAAUCGUGCGUUGAAUGGUUUUCAGACUUUCAACCAUAUUAGAUUUGAAAGCAUUGCGAACAUGCUAUCCAAACUUCGCGACUCAAACGAGGAAGAGGCUUUGAAAUGUGCCUUGAAAAUGAUGAAGUCAGCUGAAAACAGAGAACAACUUAGACAAGCUGUUGAACUUUCUCUCCAGGAAUACACACUUUCAGAGUCGAAUCUAUCGCGCUAUUUCCAAGACGACAUAGUCUCUAGCUCCCUUAGAACGCAGAGUAAUCGCGAGAUCAAUCAGUGGGUCUUGCGCAGGUUCCGAAAUGGAAAGUUUUCCUCCAAAUGCAUCAGCAGUUUGACAUCGGGGAAACUGUUCCUGGAAAUUCCCGUUGAAAAUUGUAGAGAAAUAUCGGCGAACUGUUGCUCUAAGCGGCUAAGGAGAUACGUGUAUGGAAUUUUGAACGAUGCUGAAACAAAAGCAGAAGGAAAUAUAAAGGUGAUCCAAGAAUGGGACAGAGAGGGCUUAAUUGUCCAACAAUCAAUUGUAAAACCCUACCAAGAAGGCGUGGUCCCUUCUUUGAGCCUAAUCCCGUACCUCUAUCUCGGAGAGCGUGUAAAUUUUUUGUUGUUUGCACUCGAUUCGGACACCACAGCUGUCAGGUCCUUAGGUAAAAGGUUUAUUUUGAUUGCCUCAUCACUUCGUUACCUCAUAAAAAACGCGCAUCCACCCUUGGAGACAAACCAUCUGAUUGCUUUGCUGUGUUGCUGUGUCAACUUGGAGAAUGGCGAGUUAUACAAUAGUAAAGAAACCACUGUAAGCCCUCACCGCUCCUCAUGGCCGUUUGACAUACGAGCGGCGCAAAGCUUUGCUCAGUGGCAGUGUGUUCUAAGAGAUGCAAUUCAUCUAAACUUUAAUUUGUUUGAGCCUGUACCUGUACCAUGUAUUCAUAAGACGUUCAAUGGAAAAAUGGCACAAAAACUGCUUGAAAGUUUGCAACAAGGUCGUACGCCAGAAUCCUUACUUUGUUCUCCAAGUAUUCUUUCGCGAUAUAAAGAGCUUUACACUGCUAUUACAGACCAGGAAGGUAAAGGCGAUGUUGCCGUCAGGAUGCAAAGCUUACGUUUAUGAACCACAGAAGAAAAACGGCAACGAGAAAAAUCCCUAAGACGUGACCUUCCGGCCAACAAGAGAGGUAUCACCACCCAAGAGGGCAGCGCCGACAGCUUCUUGGAACUUAAGCACAGCGCCACUGCCGUCUUAAGAUCCGAUGGUUGAUUGACAAAGGGAAACCAAACUAAAAUUACAGUCAGAUGCCCUCCAAAAAUCACAGGGGAAUAUUCUUCAAUGUUCCUGUUCUGCCUCUCGCUCAAAAAACGAAAGGAAAGAAUUUGCAUCUUCGACCUAUUCUCUUUUCCUCUGGUAAAGAAGAAGAAACGAAGGGUCAGCGGAAAGUGCCAAAUACUAACGUGCACCGACUAACAUUAGAUAACGAUUUUCUGACUUUUAUGAACGUUAGUUUUAAAUGUUUGACAUACCAUUACCUUUUAAAAAGUUUGUUUUCUUUUUAUUCUUUUUCAAUCAUAACAUUUAAUUUACAUAAACAUUAUUUGGAGAAUUUUUAGCAUAAUAAUUUCAUUCCCUGAAGCUUAGGGCGUCAGUUUACUUUUAAAUACAUUAUAUGUUGAAUGGAUACCCACAUUAGCGUUGUUAAAUAUCUCGAGUUAGUAAGGGACUAGGAAUUUUCUUUUCAGUUUAUGCUGUUAUAUGUUAGCCAAUCUUUAAAUGAUUUUCUCACCAGCACGAACACCGCUGAAGUUCCUUGAUGAAUUAGAGUGCCUACGUAGCUCCAGGAUUCUACAGUUCCUUUCUUAUAAUCUCACGUUUACAGUAUAAAAAGUCAUUUCCGAAUUACCUUUAGCCUCUUUUUCAAAACGAGGCCUGGUGCCCAACCAUUCGUAUGAAUAUGAAUUUAAUUUGCACGUGAAUGAAAACUUAUAAUCAUAUGGUAGAAUGAGCACCAGGACUCGCUUUGAAAAUGAGGCCAAAGGUAAUUCGAAAAUGGCCUAAUAUUCGCGAAUAUUCCAUCAUCUGGACUUUUAUCUAAAAAUUACUUCCUCUUCGCACGAUUUCCUAACAAAUUGCGAAACUCGAGUCUCCUGAAUUACGUCUCCUUUAUCUGCAUGAACCUAAGUGUCCCAAGCAAAACAAAAUGAAUACAAACUCAAGUUA